UAAUCAUUUAAAAUAACACUCAUCACGAUCUGCUGCCUACGCCUAAUAGUGCUUCCCACUCAUCGUGUAUUAUUAUGACAAAUGGUAGAUGAUCACUUCUCACAAUGGUGCUCGUUUAGUAAAGUUAGAUCAAAGCUUAAUCAAUGUCUCGCAAGAUGACAUGACGAUAACAUAACGGAAGCGAAUAUAAUAGCAUAGUAUAGUAGGCCUAUAACGUUACCGUUCAACUCUGUUACGUCUAAAGUCCUCAUUUCUAAUGAGAUUUUUUAGCUGAAACUGAAUAACCAUCUAAUGAGAUGGUUAACUGAAACUGAAUAGUAAAACAAAAACAAAAAAACAUUAUUGCGCCAAAACUCAGCAGAGCCACGAGGCAGGAUAUAUGUUGAUUGAAACAAAAUACAGAGGACCGAAUGGACGUUCAAAUUGACCCAGGACACAACCUAACGGACCGGGAAGACUUGGACGCCGGAAUACAAGCCCCUUGUUCAUCUAACGGCAGUGGCGGGGAGGAGGAUGAGUCGGAGGCCAUUGAUCGGGAAAGAGAAGCCGGGGGCUCGAUUCCUCAGCGCAACGGGGAAGGAGUGUUGUUGGGCAGGGAGCAAGAGGUGUCGGUCGAAAUCGGAGAGACGUAUUUAUGUCAGCGAGCCGACAAGACAUGGCAUUCUGCUGAGGUUAUCCAGUCCCGGCUGAACGAACAGGAGGGCAGAGAGGAGUUCUACGUACACUAUGUUGGAUUUAACAGACGUCUGGAUGAGUGGGUGGGCAAGGCUCGCCUGGCACUGACCAAGACGGCGAAGGACGCAGUGACAAAAAUCGCUGAGGGUGGAGGAGGGGGCGAGCUGGGGGAGCAGCCCGAGAGGAAGAUCACCCGCAACCAGAAACGCAAACAUGAUGAGAUCAACCACGUGCAGAAGACGUAUGCAGAGAUGGACCCCACCACAGCUGCCCUGGAGAAGGAGCAUGAGGCGAUUACUAAAGUGAAGUACGUGGACAAGAUCCAGAUUGGUAACUUUGAGAUUGACGCCUGGUACUUCUCCCCAUUCCCAGAGGACUACGGCAAACAGCCCAAGCUGUGGAUCUGCGAGUACUGCCUCAAGUACAUGAAGUACGAGAAGACCUUCAGAUACCACCUGUCCCAAUGUCAGUGGAGGCAGCCUCCUGGGAAAGAGAUCUACAGGCGGAGCAACAUCUCUGUAUACGAAGUGGACGGUCGCGACCACAAGAUCUACUGUCAGAACCUGUGUCUACUGGCCAAGCUCUUCCUGGACCACAAGACGCUGUACUUUGACGUGGAGCCUUUUGUCUUUUACAUCCUGACUGAAGUCAACAGGCAGGGAGCACACAUAGUGGGAUACUUCUCCAAAGAGAAAGAGUCGCCAGAUGGGAAUAACGUGGCGUGUAUCCUCACCCUCCCACCCUACCAGCGCAGAGGAUACGGAAAGUUCCUCAUAGCCUUCAGUUAUGAGCUGUCUAAAUUGGAGAGUACAGUAGGUUCUCCAGAGAAGCCCCUGUCAGACCUGGGCAAGCUGAGCUACAGGAGCUACUGGUCCUGGGUGCUGCUGGAGAUCCUCAGGGACUUCAGGGGUACGCUCUCCAUCAAGGACCUCAGUCAAAUGACCAGUAUUACCCAGGGUGACAUCAUCAGUACGCUACAGUCCCUCAACAUGGUGAAAUACUGGAAGGGCCAGCAUGUCAUAUGUGUCACUCCCAAACUGGUUGAGGAACACCUCAAGAGCGCCCAGUACAAGAAGCCGCCAAUCACAGUUGACACCGUGUGUCUGAAGUGGGCCCCGCCCAAACAUAAGCAAGCCAAGUUCUCCAAGAAGUGAGGGGAGGUGCUACUGACAUCAUGCCAGACCACCCAACCUAUGGUACUCGUUCUCAAAGUGCCUCCUUCCCUCCCCUUGUUCUUUGUCCCCAGUUUAAGCUAUUUGUUGUAAAGAGGAACCAACAUGUACAUCACUAGCUUCUUUCAGUUUUUUCUUUUUUUUUUAAAUAAACAAGAAUAGUGAUAUUCA